GCUUUUCGCCUUUUGAUUUUACUUGUCGGCUGCUCUCUUUCCGAGAUUCUCUGAAGGUUCGACGACUUGCGAUCGCUUUUGUCGUCCUUUAGUUGUCGUAUUAGUCGAGAUCUGUAGAAAAAGUUGGGUUCUGGCGUUUCUAAAGGGGUUUUUUUUUUUUACUUUCUCGUGACUCGAUUUGUUUCCUCGCUUUAGUUGUUGAGAUCAGUAAUAAGUUGAAGGGGAGAGUGUGAGGUUGGUCGUCGAUCUUCUUCGGUUUGGAUUGGGAUCAUGAGAUCCGAGUCUUGAUGAGUCGGAGAUGUUGCUUUUGUUGCUUCGAUUGGAGGUGAAAACUUUCAAAGCCCUCUCAUGAUCCAGUCAUUUUGCGGUUAAGAGGACGUCUGUUGAGAGUUACAUAUGCAAGUUGGAUUGUUUGACUCCAGUUCGAGGAUGAACUGUUAAGAUGUUCUGUAACUGAUCCGACUGCAGUGUCAUGCAUAUGUGGAUAAGUAAUGAUCAAAGGUCAUGCCAAUGACUUGAACAGGUCUGAAGAGGUGCAUGUGGAUGCAACAUCUUUUGAAAUGGGUGCGAAAGAUAACUCAGUACAAAGAGAAAACCGUUCAAGUGACUUUGAGAAAGAUGUCAAACAAGAAAAUGGAGAAUCAGAUUAUGAGCCUGGAAGAGACUCUCUUUCAUCACAGAGCAAUGAAGACAACAAGGUAAAAGGAGCUUCACGGGUAUCCAGAAAGCUUACAAGAAAAGAAUCUGCUGAGAAUGGUACUCGUACACCAAAAAGCGGUAGUAAACGACAGGAUUCUAGUAAGGUGCAAUUCAAGACGGGAAAUAGCGGUCAAAGAAGUGCUCAAAAACCCAGCAGAGGUUCUUCAACUCCUAAAGCUCUCAAUAACGGGAAACCUGGCAAUGUGAAAGUUCCCUCAAAACCUCCGUCAGAAUUAUCUGAAGAAAGUGAUGACAAGACGAAAGAAGAUGUUAAGGAGAUUGAUGUUCUGGAUGAGGCUCCCAUAUGUGAUCAGAGUGUUGGAACAGAUGACGAAACAGUUGGUACGGAUGAGAAUAGCAUCGAAGAUGACAGGAGAAUUACAUUUCGGAAGAUUGAGGAGAUGGAACAGAAAAUUGAUAGACUCGAGGAAGAAUUAAGAGAAGUUGCUGCCCUUGAGAUUUCUCUGUACUCCAUGGUACCAGAGCAUGGGAACUCAGCACAUAAGGUCCACACACCUGCACGACGUCUUUCAAGGCUGUAUCUUCAUGCCUGUAAGCACUGGGCACAAGAAAAGAGGGCUACUGUUGCAAAAAACACGGUUUCUGGACUUGUGCUGAUUGCCAAAUCAUGCGGCAAUGAUGUUUCUAGGUUAACUUACUGGCUGUCAAAUACAGUUGUACUAAGAGAAAUUAUAUCUCAAUCAUUUGGAAAUUUGUCCCACUCAAACUCAACUGCAAGAAUUAUCCAGGCCAAUGGCAAGAAAGAAGAUGGUAAAUCACCCCAGUCGAAAUGGAAAAAUGGCUCCAGUGAGAAACAAGCAAAAAGAUCUAGCUUCACGCAACAAGUAAAUGACUGGCAAGAAACUGGCACAUUUACUGCCGCCUUGGAAAAGAUUGAAUCUUGGAUCUUUUCUCGUACUGUUGAAUCAGUAUGGUGGCAGACCUUGACUCCACACAUGCAAUCUCCAAUGGAUAAUGUGUAUCCGACAAGAGGCCAUGAAAAGAUGUUAGGACCAGCUCUAGGUGAUCAAGAGCAAGGAAGUUUUUCAAUCAACCUUUGGAACAGUGCUUUUCAUGAUGCCUUUACCAGACUCUGUCCAGUCCGGUCAGGGGGCCAUGAAUGUGGCUGCUUGCCUGUGUUAGCAAGAAAGGUGAUGGAACAAUGCGUCUCCAGAUUAGAUGUUGCGAUGUUUAAUGCUAUUUUACGUGAAUCGGAAAAUGAUAUGCCAACAGAUCCUGUUUCAGAUCCAAUUGUUGAUUCAAAAGUUUUGCCCAUCCCUGCUGGAGAUUUGAGCUUUGGUUCUGGUGCACAGCUUAAAAAUUCUAUUGGAAAUUGGUCCAGAUGUUUGACAGAUUUGUUUGGUAUGGAGACUGAAGAUUGUAUGGGGGACGAAAAAGCUCCCAAUGGAGACGACCUAAUAGGCGGAGGGGAUGCUGGGUCAAAAUCAUUCUCCCUUCUUAAUGAACUUAGCGACCUUUUGAUGCUCCCUAAAGAUAUGCUGAUUGAAAGGUCUAUCAGAAAAGAGGUCUGUCCUUCAAUUGGUCUAUCCUUGAUAACAAGGAUACUCUGCAACUUCACACCUGAUGAGUUUUGCCCGGAUCCUGUCCCAGGCAUUGUUCUUGAGGAACUGAGUGCUGAGAGCUUGCUUGAGCGUCAUCCAUCAGAAGACAAUGAUCUGAUCAACAGCUUCCCAUGCUUGGCUUCUCCUCUGAUAUACUCACCCCCAUCUGCAGCUAAUGUAACAGAGAAGGUAGCGGAUACAAGUGGAAAAGCUAAUCUUGAUAGAAGCGCAUCAAUUAUCCAGAGGAAAGGGUAUACAAGUGAUGAGGAUUUGGAUGAUUUAGAUUCCCCCCUCACAUCCAUCAUCAACAAGAGUAUCCUUGUUGAAGAAAGAACUGAUAAGGAGAGCAAACACGCAAACAUAAGAUACAAACUCCUUCGUGAAGUGUGGUCUGAGUGAAUGUGACAGUAAUAGGUUGUUCUUCUUUUUCCCCUUUUCCUUGUGAAUUUUCAUCUUAUUUGUUUUGUAUAAAGAAUACAAAAUGUUGGAUGAUGCCCUUAUUUUGUAUUCUAAGGUAAACAGUUUUGAUGUUUUGACUACAGAAAAUUCUCUAGUUCUUUAGUCUAUUUGAUA